AACAUUUAAUAUAAAAUGUUUGAGUGGAGCAUUUUAAGUUCUAACCCUCACCAUCAAUUAUUGUCUGGUUUCAACCGGAGGCGAAACCGUAACACCGGCCGCAUUCUUCUCUCUUAUGUGAGUUUGAUGGAAAUCGCCGGCGACCGGAACAACAUUUCUCAUCCAAAGCGGAAGCGCGACGAGGUAGCAACCAAUGGAACUGACAAUAUCGACUUGGCUCUCCUCGAAGCCGUCGAGAAGUCCCAGAAGGCAGUCGAAAUAUUGGACCUUCGAACGGUGAAGAGGCUCUCUCUCGCCUUCGAACGCCGUCUCAGAGACAACACCGAAGCUCGCCUCAAGUAUCCCGACCAGCCCGAGCGCUUUGCCGAUUCUGAAGUCGAGCUCCACGAAGAGAUUCAGAAGCUCAAAGUACUCGCCGCCGGUCCCGAGCUUUACCCUGACAUCGUCAAGCUUGGUGUUAUUUCGUCUGUUGUUGACCUCCUUUCGCAUAGUAAUACUGAUAUUGCCAUUGACGCGGUCCAAUUGAUCCAGGAUUUGACUGACGAGGAUGUUCUUGAGGACAAUGAUGAACCUGCUCGCGUAUUGGUCGAUGCGCUGAUUGAGAACAAUGUUCUUGAUCUACUGGUGCAGAACUUGCAUCGAUUGUCGGAGACGGACCCGGAUGAGAUGGCUGCCGUUUACAAUACCCUAGCUACUAUUGAGAAUUUGAUUGAAGUGAAACCGUUAGUUGCCGAGUUGGUCUGUGAACGCACAAAGCUACUGAAGUGGUUACUGGGGAAGAUUAAAGUGAGGGAUUUUGAUAGCAAUAAGCAGUAUGCUUCGGAGAUACUGGCGAUACUUUUGCAGAAUAGUACGGUGAAUCAGCGGAGGCUUGGACAGAUGAAUGGGGUUGAUGUUGUUCUGCAAGCGGUUGCUAUGUACAAGUCCAAGGACCCCAAGAGCCCUGAUGAGGCUGAGAUGGUGGAGAAUUUGUUUGAUUCUUUGUGUUGUUUGUUAAUGCCACUUGAGAACAAGGAAAGAUUUGUGAAAGCUGAGGGCGUGGAAUUGAUGAUAAUUAUUAUGAAACAGAAGAAAUCCGCCUAUGGGUCGGCUAUAAGGGCUCUUGAUUUUGCCAUGACAAAUUACCCGCCUGCUUGUGAACGCUUUGUUGAUGUUUUGGGGUUAAAGACCGCCUUUGCUGCAUUUAUGGGUAAGAUCCCUUUGAACAAGAAAAACAAGAAAGAGCGAUAUCAAGAGGAGUUGGAAGAACGUAUCGUGUCUCUUAUUGCAUCGUUAUUUGGUGGUAUUUUGAGGGGUACUAGGAAGGAAAGGUUAUUGAGUAAAUUUGUUGAAAAUGAGUGUGAAAAGAUAGACCGGCUGAUGGAACUCUACUUAAGAUAUUCUGACAGAGUCAAAGUGGAGAUGGAGCGGCUAAACCAGAUCGAACUCGAUGAUUUAGAGAUGGAUGAAGAAGAAAAGUACAAUCGUAAAUUAGAAUCUGGACUUUAUACCCUUCAGUUGAUUGCUGUUAUUUUGGGACAUCUAUGGUGCUCUGAACACUCUCAAAUGAGAGCAAGAAUUGAAUUAUUACUCAAGCAACAAAAACUCACUAGGCAGGACGUCAAGAGCAUUCUUCAGGAGUAUCAUGACAAUAUUGGAGAUCUUGAUGGACCAGAGGAGAAAGAGCGAACACAGGGGAAAAUUCAAAAGUUCAUCUCUGCUCUUUAAUUGUUAACUUACCUUCUUUUCUUGUUUAGAUAGUUUUUAUGACAUUGAAUUUGCAUACAAAAAGUUCUCUCGGAAGCCAUUGUUGGUUUGUAUACAGUACAUUGUUGUUAACGUGACAAAUUUUCCUGCAUAUAAAUUUAGGUUCACUGUAUGCUAUUA